AUGCGUCGAAAGGCCAACGGGGCGGCCCGUUUCUACGUGUCGAAGGCGUCCGGUCUCAAAGAUCUCAGUCGAGAGGAGCUAGCGGAAGUCCUACCGGCCGACGAUGCCCUCCUCCCUCAUAUUGUGCGCCAAGGUUCCGAUCCGACGGGGACGCGCCCGUUUUGGAGGAAUAAGAGAAACCACUUACAGGCCCAGGCCCGCUUUCUCUCGCCCGGCACGCCGCCUGUUUUUGUGACUUUGAGCGCGGCCGACAUGCAGUGGCAGGACCUCCACCGACACCUCCCGGGCUUUGCGAUUGUUGCUGGGGCCGAUGAUCGCAGUCGGCACAAUCCACAUAUCGUUGCCCACUACCUGCUCCUGCGAUUCCAGGCGUUGACGAACCACGUUCUCCGUCCGUUUCUCGGCUUUACCGACUCCUGGAACCGGUUCGAGUGGCAGGCCCGCGGUUCCGGCCACCUCCAUUGCCUCUUCUGGAUCCCCACCGCCCCUCCCCUCGACUGUGAGACAGACGACGCGCGGGCGGCAUUCGCCCAGUACUGGGGUGCCAGGAUUACCGCGUGGAAUCCGGACCCGCUACGAUUGCCGGAUGCCCGGAAUCCCGCUUCCCUGGCCCCCGCCGAUGUCGCCAAUACCGCGCGGAUCAGUUUGCGGCCCUUCUCAACCGCCUCCAGAUGUAUUCGGCCUGUCGAGCGCCGUACUGCUUAUAGACGACGAGUGGCUCAGAUCAACCCUCGGCCUGCCGCUUUUUCUUCCCCCCCUCCCGCUCUUUCCCCAACCCGUCGGGUACAAUGUCGGGAAGGCCAUAGCAAAGAUCCGAUCUUUUCCCGACACUUCGUCGAUUAG